AUGGACUGUGCACUCUGCGGUCCUUUUCGGAUCACGGGAGCAGUGGCCAGUUUCGAGUCUGAUUCUGCCUGGUUGUCGAGCCCACUGGGCGGUGGUGACUUUGCACCCGUGCCCCAGCCAGGCUGCUCGUUCCAUCGACGAGAGGGCGGAGAGACUCGACAUGCUGACACGAACACGGCCAGUCGGGGCGCUGUGGCACGACUUGUGAGGCACGAUUCGUCGCCGCUGACUGAUCAUGGCGCUGGCCACCCGGUACUUUGUAAUGUAUGGAGGCAUUACGAAGUACGACUGCUGUGCUGUGCAGUGCUGUACACGCCGGCGAUGGCGACGUUGGCGUGA